UUUACUAACUGUACUAAUAAAUUUUACAGAAACCAUAGACGAUACUAGACAGAAUCCUUUAGUUUACAUUGAGAUAUAGCCUUGAGAUGUCGUGUUUACAAACAGUUAUUAUUUAUUCCGUGGUCGUCGGUUUGACUUUAGGUGACCCAAAAUGUAGUGUCAACGAAGUGAGGGACGACUGUCCAGCCAACUGCUUAUAUGAGAAGUGUCCCACAAUCGAGCAUCAAGAUAGUCAUAUUUGUGCCAAGCCCACGGAAUGUCCCCCUGCAGGUUGUAAAUGUGGUUUCAACUACCGCCGUGCAGAAAAUGGGACUUGUAUACAUACCACAGACUGCCCGCCGUUCCCUUGCGCGGGCCCCAACGAAGUAUACGAUGCUUGCCCAUCUUACUGUCCGGGGCAGGGCUGUGAGUCCGCUACCCCACACGGGGAGUGUCCGUUCCUCCUGCUAUUAGUGGUGGAGUGUUAUCCAAAAUGCCGUUGCGUGAAGAAUUAUUGGAGGAAGAAUGGCGUGUGUGUACCUUAUGCAGAAUGCUUAUGCAGGAACAACGAAGUACUCAAGAACGACCCAAAUGAUUGUGUACCUGACUGUUGUCCCGUGGGAGAUGAUGCGCCUUGCCCCGACCCCUGCCCCUCGGGGCCCUGCCAAUGCAACCUUAUGAGUCGUCGCGCAGAAAACGGUACCUGUAUACCAACAAGACAAUGCCCGCCAUAUCCAUGUGGGGACAACGAGCAAUACGACCCUUGUCCCGUUUGCUCAGAGGAAUGCUCCAACGCCUCCCCUGAUGGAAAGCGAUGCCGCUCGAGAUUCCGUAUCGGGAUUACAGUAAUAUGCAAACCCAAGUGUCGCUGUAUCGAUUUCUAUUGGCGGGAUGAUAAUGAUAAUUGUGUACCGUAUGAAGAAUGCCCUUAAUCUGAAAAAGAUAUGAAGAAAGGGAUUUGGAA